CAUCACCCCGCCUCCCCGAGCCGCCAUUCCCCGUCUCGGCUGCUCACUGUCCCCCUCCCCCGUCUUUGUUGUCGCUCUCGGCGCUCCGUCCUCGCCGUCACUCGCGGGCCACCGAGCCGGGCACCGAGAGGGGCACUGAGCCGGGCACUGAGCCGGGUACUGGAGACGACGCAGCCGCCGGAACCCCGAGCAGAGCGCGGUCUGUCGGCGCGGACGCUUGACUGAGAGCGUGGGGAGUGAACAUCGCUUGGUCGCUGAGACGUGGACCGCCGUGCCACGUGCAAUCAUGAGCCUAAGCAGCGAUGAAGUCAAUUUCUUGGUUUACCGUUAUCUGCAGGAGUCGGGCUUCUCGCACUCGGCGUUCUCCUUCGGCAUGGAGAGCCGCGUGAGCCGCGCCAGCAUCAACGGUGCCCUCGUGCCCCCCGCCGCGCUCGUGUCCGUGCUGCAGAAGGGCCUGCAGUACGUUGAGGCCGACAUGUCCGUCAGCGAGGAUGGCUCGGCGUUCCGCCCCAUCGAGCUGCUCUCCCUGGUGGACGCCGUGAUGCCGGCUGUCGUGUCGUCGCGCCCCCACGCCUACCGCCCCAGCAGCCAGCAGCCGGGGACGCCCCCCAAGAACGGGGGCGGCCCGCCGAUGAACGGGGUUGACGACUACGGGGCGCACGCUCUCGGCGAGCCGCUGGUGGAUGGGCCUGACGAGGGCUCGGUGCAGCUGUUGAACAAGGUGUCCGUGCUGCGCGGGCACGAGUCCGAGGUGUUCAUCUGCUCCUGGAACCCGGCCCUGGACCUGCUCGCCUCUGGGUCAGGUGACUCUACAGCCAGAAUCUGGGAUGUGCGCGAGGGCCCGGGAGGGGCGCCGGCGGAGGGCUCCAGCCAGCUGGUGCUGCGCCACUGCAUCCAUGAGGGCGGCCAGGACGUGCCCAGCAACAAGGACGUGACAUCGCUCGACUGGAACAGCGAAGGAACGCUGCUGGCCACUGGCUCCUAUGACGGGUUCGCCCGGAUCUGGACGAAGGACGGUAACCUUUCGAGCACACUGGGGCAACACAAAGGCCCCAUUUUCGCCCUCAAGUGGAACAAAGAGGGGAACUACAUUCUGAGUGCUGGUGUGGACAAGACGACCAUCAUCUGGGACGCACAGACAGGAGAAGCCAAGCAGCAGUUUCCGUUCCACUCGGCGCCCGCGCUGGACGUCGAUUGGCAGACGGACGACAGCUUCGCCUCGUGCAGCACGGACAUGAGCAUCCACGUGUGCCGGCUGGGAGAGGAGGAGCCGAUCCGGACCUUCCGGGGGCACACGAACGAAGUUAACGCAAUCAAGUGGGACCCCUCGGGGACGCUGCUCGCCUCCUGCUCUGACGACAUGACUCUCAAGAUCUGGAGCAUGAAGCAGGACACCUGCGUGCACGACCUGCAGGCCCACAGCAAGGAGAUCUACACCAUCCGCUGGAGCCCAAGCGGGUCCCACUCUGGCCACCCCAACAGCGGCCAGAUGCUCGCCAGCGCGUCGUUCGACGCGACGGUGCGCCUGUGGGACGUGGAGAGCGGCACGUGCACACACGUCCUCACGCGCCACACCGAGCCCGUGUACAGCGUCGCGUUCAGCCCCGACGGGAAGUACCUGGCCACCGGCUCCUUUGACAAGUGUGUACACAUCUGGAACACGCAGACGGGCUCGCUGGUGUACAGCUACCGGGGCAGCGGCGGCGUAUUCGAGGUUUGCUGGAACUACACGGGAGAGCGGGUCGCGGCCAGUGCCUCUGACGGAACGGUGUGCGUGCUGGACCUGCGGAAGUAGCCAAACGCGCCAAGCCCUACGACCCCGCGGCGCCCCUACACAGUUCCCAACCACACCAACCCUACUCUACCCCCUCGCCACACCCCCUCUCCACCCGUGGCCCAUCAAGGUCCACGCCUUCUCGGCUUGCUCAGUCGCGCACCCCCCCACCCCCCCCCCCCCCCCCCCCCCCCCCCCCCCCCCCCCCCCCCCCCCCCCCCCCCAUCGUACAACCUUUACCCCGACCCGCCGCUCAAACGCUCUCUCGCCGUAGCCUUUAUCGGCAGCCCGUGGCUUCGUAUUCUCCGAUAAAUGUUCCGCUCUCUACCUUCACGAGUUUUAAGGUCGUGGAGACCUCUCUCAUAACGGGGUCGCGGUGGUAAAGGGUUACGCGGUCGUCACGAGCUUUCUUUUUGCCGUAAUCUUUUAGUUGCACGCGUUGUAUUUUUAAAGUGGCGAACACGCGCCGUGGUACUGGAAGCACGUAGUCUGUCCGCUGCUGCGAAUGCUGUGCGAUGAGAACCAUCGCUCAGUGGGGCUCCACGAUCAACUGUCCCGCUUGCAGCAGCAGCAGCAGCACCGACAGUAAUGCUGCUCCGUGGUUUCACAGCACAUCUGCCUCUCAUCGACUACUCCUAUCAUCUGCACCGACAAUAUUAUUCGCGCUUACCCGCAGAUCGCACCUCCGAUUAGCACGCACGUAUGUACGGGUAAAUGACCCCGAAGAGUGGUGGUUGAUUCAUCCUCGCUAUCCACGCUUUUAAGGUGCCGAUACACACGCGCACAACUCCCCCGUGGUGCGGUGGUGGUGGUGGUGGUCUCUUGGUGGUGGUGGUGGUGGUCUCUUGGUGGUGGUGGUGGUCUCUUGGUGGUGGUGGUGGUCUCUUGGUGGUGGUGGUGGUCUCUUGGUGGUGGUGGUGGUCUCUUGGUGGUGGUGGUUCUCCCAUGGGGCCCCAGUGGUAGUUCCGCUGCUGGUCCCAGCGAUCUCUCUGUGGUCCCAACCUCCCGACACCGACUCGCGUGGUGAUGCCCAGCGGCCACGGUGGUGGCGGCGGCGUCCGUUGGCAGCGGCGGCGAAGUCGAUGCCACGCGCACCCGGACGUUUGCCACAGGUGGUUCAUCCCCUUAUCCGCAUUCGCCCACGCGCCCUCUGCACGCAGAUAAGAGGGAGGAAAUUCACGCCGUUAUAGACCAGGGACAUCACGCAGAUAAGCCUGGGAUGGCUUAAUCAGUGCAAUUGCAAAACACGAAAUCGAACGACAUUUGAAGGAACACGAGAACGAACGCAUCAAGUUGCGCUGAUAUUGAGGCGACGUGGAUCGUUUUUGUCGAUCGCGACAAUCCACACGUUCGACUCGCCGUCGUCGCCGUCGCCGCUUGACGUUCGCUCGGCACCGUGGCAAACGCCGAGCAGCGCCGAUCGCCGUGCGAGCAGCCUGGAACGCCGACAAAAGCCCCUAGGGAAGUAUUUUGAAGGCGGAUUGUUUGGGGCAAUUGUCGCCGUGUUCAGGCCCGUUGCCAAUUCCAGCGCUGGGGCGAAAGGCCUCUUUUUCAUCCCCGUUUGGCCAUGCUUCACUGUGCUGGUUUCGGUGAAGGGGAGCCCAGAACCCUGUUGAGAUUUGACGCUCGCCACUGAUUUGCUUACUGUGGGCCGGGAGUCAAACUCGAGUCACGGUGCCAACGCACCACCCACACCACCCACACCACCCACCCAGUGCACCACCCACACCACCCACACCACCCGCACCACCCACACCACCCGCACCACCCACACCACCCACA